AUGGCUGCUCCAGGAGGCUCGGGGGGCCCGAUUGGGGCUGGAGCCUUGGUAGGCGGCGCGCGCUCCAAGGUGGCUCCAAGCGUGGACUUUGACCACAGCUGCUCGGACAGCGUCGAGUACCUGACGCUCAACUUUGGGCCCUUUGAGACUGUACAUCGCUGGCGGCGCCUCCCGCCCUGCGACGAGUUCGUGGGCGCCCGGCGCAGCAAGCAUACGGUGGUGGCCUAUAAAGAUGCCAUCUACGUAUUUGGAGGAGACAACGGGAAGACAAUGCUGAACGACCUCCUGCGUUUCGACGUGAAGGACUGCUCCUGGUGCAGGGCCUUCACCACCGGCAUCCCGCCAGCGCCCCGCUACCACCACUCGGCUGUCGUCUACGGGAGCAGCAUGUUCGUCUUCGGGGGCUACACCGGGGACAUCUAUUCUAAUUCUAACUUGAAGAAUAAAAAUGACCUCUUUGAAUACAAAUUUGCGACUGGCCAGUGGACCGAGUGGAAGAUUGAAGGACGGUUGCCGGUUGCUAGGUCUGCCCACGGUGCCACCGUGUACAGUGACAAGCUCUGGAUCUUUGCCGGCUACGAUGGCAACGCCAGGUUGAACGACAUGUGGACAAUUGGCCUCCAGGACCGGGAGCUCACAUGCUGGGAGGAGGUGGCCCAGAGUGGCGAGAUCCCCCCCUCCUGCUGCAACUUCCCCGUGGCAGUGUGUCGAGACAAGAUGUUUGUGUUCUCGGGACAGAGCGGGGCCAAGAUCACCAACAACCUGUUCCAGUUUGAAUUCAAGGACAAGACGUGGACACGUAUCCCCACCGAGCACCUGCUGCGGGGCUCCCCGCCACCCCCACAGCGGCGCUAUGGGCACACCAUGGUGGCCUUCGACCGCCACCUGUACGUGUUCGGAGGUGCGGCAGACAACACGUUGCCCAACGAGCUGCACUGUUACGACGUGGACUUCCAGACCUGGGAGGUGGUGCAGCCCAGCUCUGACAGCGAGGUUGGUGGGGCGGAGGUGCCUGAGCGAGCUUCUGCUUCUGAAGAGGUGCCAGCCCUGGCGCCCGAGGACCGAGGCGGCUGUAAGAAGUCCCGAGACGUGUUUGGCCUGGACUUCGGCCCCACAACAGCCAAGCAGCCAGCCCAGCCAGCCUCAGAGAAAGAGGAGUGCGUGCAGGGCCACGUGGCCAUCGUCACAGCACGGAGCCGCUGGCUGCGGAGGAAGAUUGUGCAGGCGCGGGAACGGCUGGCCCAGAAGUUGGAGGAGGAAGCAUCCGUGGCCCCCAGGGAGGCCACUGGUGGGGCUGUGGGUGGUGCCCGGCCACCCCUGUUGCCUGUGGUCAUCCGUGAGGCCGAGGCCAGGCCCUUCGAGGUGCUCAUGCAGUUCCUGUACACAGACAAGAUCCAGUACCCGCGGAAAGGUCCGCCAGGGCAGGCACACAAUGGGGCACGCUCUGGGUGGGGUGGGGCUGCCCCAUUGUGGGAGGGGCGAUGCCUGCUUUACAGUGCAAGGCUGGGACUACCAUGCGUGAAGCUGACUACUGCCUGCCUGCCUGCCUGGCCUGCCUUCCAGGAGCACUGUCUGAACUUCGUGGUGAAGGAGUCCCACUUCCACCAGGUGAUCAUGACCAAGGAUUUCGAGCAACUCCCGUCCCAGCUCAUUGUGGAGAUUGUGCGGCGGAAGCAGCAGCCGCCCCCUCGCGCCCCUUCAGACCAGCCUGUGGACAUUGGCACAUCGCUGAUCCAGGACAUGAAGGCGUACCUGGAGGGGGCAGGGGCGGAGUUCUGUGACAUCACACUGCUGCUGGACGGGCACCCGCGGCCAGCCCACAAGGCCAUCCUGGCCGCCCGCUCCAGCUACUUCGAAGCCAUGUUCCGUUCCUUCAUGCCUGAGGAUGGGCAGGUGAACAUCUCCAUCGGCGAGAUGGUACCCAGCAGGCAGGCCUUCGAGUCCAUGCUGCGGUAUAUCUACUACGGUGACGUCAACAUGCCACCCGAGGACUCACUCUACCUGUUUGCCGCUCCCUACUACUAUGGCUUCUACAACAACCGGCUGCAGGCCUACUGCAAGCAGAACCUGGAGAUGAACGUGACCGUGCAGAACGUGCUGCAGAUCCUGGAGGCAGCUGACAAGACGCAGGCGCUGGACAUGAAGCGGCAUUGUUUGCACAUCAUCGUGCAUCAGUUCACCAAGGUCUCCAAGCUGCCCACGCUGCGAAUGCUGAGCCAGCAGCUGCUGAUCGACAUCAUCGACUCCCUGGCCUCUCACAUCUCUGACAAGCAGUGCGCGGAGCUGGGCGCCGACAUAUGA